CAGCCACAGCCACCAGCCCGUCGUCCCGCCAGGUGGCUCAGCACAGUGCAGUGAAGUCGGUCGCGCGCGCGCUACGCUAAGCUACCAGUCAACAGCGGUCCCCAGUUCCGAGGAGAUGGCACAGCGGAGGAUCGGCGGCGGCGCGCUCGGCUUGGCGGCGGUCCUGCUGGCGGCGAUGCUGACGGCCCAGGGUCGAACCCAGUCGCUGCGAGGCGGCCUGGCCAGGAGCGGCGGCGGCAACGACCCCAGUGACGUAGCCCGCCAGAACCAAAUCACCCAGCAGAUCCUCGCCCAGUACCUGCAGAGGCGGCUGUUCCCCCAACUCAACGCGCCGAGGUUCCCGACCAACAAGUUCUUCCCGCGCACCGCCAAGUCGACGACGACGACGACGUCGACGACGGAACGGCCGCCGCCGGAGCUGGAGCCGGAGCCGGAGGCGGAGCUGGAACCGGACUACGAGCCGGAGCCGGACGAGGACCCUCCGGAGGACAUCCUGCACGUGCCGGACAAGCCCGACAGCCUCCAGGAGGGCGAGAGCGAGGAGGUGUCCAACUUCCUCAGCUCCCAAGGUGGGGAGUGCACCAACUGCGUGGACGAGAGCGCAGGAGCCGCGGUGGUCAACAGGUGGACCAUGCCGCUGCUCAAGCUGGGCGAGAAGCGCUACUACCUCGGCAUCUUCUUCAAGGCCAACUGGUACCGCGCGGCGCAGUACUGCCGCUAUCACGGGAUGCACCUGGCCAGCAUCAACAGCCAGGAGGAGAACGACCGCCUCGAGAAGCACAUACGAGACUUCGGUCUGGGCCACGAGCACUUCUGGACGUCCGGCACCGACCAGGCGGAAGAAGGCACCUUCUUCUGGAUGGCGACCGGCCGGCCCAUCACCUUCACCAACUGGAACACGGGCGAGCCCAAUAACUUCCGCUACGAGAACGGCGAGGAAGAGCACUGCCUCGAGCUGUGGAACCGCGACGGCAAGGGCCUCAAGUGGAACGACAGCCCCUGCUCGUUCGAGACCUUCUUCGUCUGCGAAGUGCAGUGAUCGGUCGGACUGGAAGCAGGGGACAGUGAGCGGACUUCCAGCGGGCGGCGACCGAGCGAGCGCGUCUGGACCUCCCAGUUGUCUCGGUCGCGUCCGAUCCGUUUCCAAAGACUAACAAAUGGUGCCCAACUUCCGUGGUGAGCCCCGGCCGUCUUCGCGUGCUCCGGCGAGGGAACUUCGCGAAGCUGACCUCUGGAAACUGGAGAAACGCGAUCUCGCCCUGCGGUCACUGCCGCUCUCUCUCACUUUUCUGUGUCCGCGGAAUGAAGUGGCUUGAGCGUUUUUCAAAUCUUAAUUACUACUGAAAUGCGUCUCCCAGAGCAAAUGGAUUCUAGUUAGCUCAGAGGAUUAAUAAUUUCACAUUGGUGAGCCUCUAAGUUAGACUUAGCAGAGGAGAGUAACGUUUUUCUUCCCCCCCCCCCCCCCCUCCCCCUCUUCUUGGAACUAACAGACCGGCUCAAUCUAUCUAUGGUCCAAAUGA